AUGGCAAACAGACUGCUGCUGCUUUGGACCUGGCUGGCACUCCUAUGCGGGUAUUGUGGAGCAAGUUCCCAUGGGAAGGAAUUUGUCACAGCCUUCCUGCAGAAUUAUUUGGCAAACCAACCCAAUCCCAAGUUUGAGCUGCUUAUCACUGGAUAUCAUCCUGCAACCACUGUCACAGUCACAGUAAACAAGUCUACAUUCCAGAAAACAGUUUCUGUCAAUGAGAAAGAGACAGUGUCAAUUGUUAUCCCAACCUCCUUGGAGAUGAUGGGAUCCAACAUCUUUGAUGGGACUGUGCAGAUCCAAGCUGACAAAGAUGUCUUAGUCUUUUCCCAUAAUUAUAAGACUUGUUCAAGUGGUGCCACAGUUGUGUACCCGGUUCAGCAGCUGGGUACAUUGUAUUAUGUGGUAACCCCAGUGGGGGAUCAGUCAAACACUUUCAAGGAAUUUGUAGUUGUAGCCUAUAAAUUUCCCACUCAAGUUACCAUUCACUUGAAAGGGGCGGUGGUAUUCAAAGGGCAGGUUUAUGCUGCAGGGAGGAAGCUUGUUGCUGACCUCAAAGCCUUCCAAGCAAUCCAGCUGCAAAGCUCCGUUGAUUUAUCUGGUACUAAGGUGGAAUCAGGUGCACCCGUGGCUGUUUUGAGUGGACACAGCUGUGCUCUGAAAUUCUCAUUUUGCGACCAUGUUGUUGAACAGCUCUUGCCUGUUUCUAGCUGGGGCACCACCUUCAUAGUUCCCUCACUAUCCUUCCAAACUAGAUUUGAUAUUGUGUAUGUAGUCGCCUCCCAAAAUUCUUUGAUCAAAUACCAAUCUGGGCCCACUCAAAUCUCCCGUCGUGCAGUGGCUGGGCAAGUCAUCCAGUUUGAAACGAAGCCUUCUCAGCCACUUUACUUCACUGCCGAUGCAGGGAUCCAAGUCCUUUUCUUUUUCACUGGUAACAAUAAGCAGUACGACCCAUUCCUCAUCAAUGUCCCAGCCUUAACAAGCUACUGCACAUCAUAUCACAUUGAUGGGAUAAGGGAGUUUGAUAAUUUUGCUGUCAUCAUAGCUAAAUCUGUAGAUUCCAGUGGGGUCAUGUUAGAGAAGAACGACAUUGCAAACACCCAGUGGAGACCAGUCCCUGGGACAGAAUAUUCUUUUGCUGAAGUCAGUUUGGGAAAAGAAGCGAGUGCCCUCUCUGUAGAACAUCCCAGCACUCCUUUUGGGCUCUUCAUCCUUGGAGGUGCACACCAGAAUGGCUAUGGCUCUGUGGCCCUUUGCUCUUGCAAAACACCAGUAUCUCCCUGCAGCUUGAUCCAGUGCAGGAAGAAGGAAAAAUGUGAGAUCAUAGAAGGCCGCCCGGUGUGUGUGGCAGAGUCUGAAUCCACCUGCAGAGCACAGGGAGAUCCUCAUUAUCUCACCUUCGACGGAAGGAAAUUUGACUUCAUGGGGACCUGUACCUACACUUUUGCCAAGACUUGCAGCCUGGAUGAGAUGCUUCCUUCAUUCAGUGUUGAGACCAAGAACGAGAACAGGGGAAAUACUCGUGUUUCGUAUGUCGGCUCUGUGACCGUCACAGUCUAUAACAUCACCAUAAAAGUGGUCAGAAAUGAGAAUGGAUUUGUGAGGGUGAACAACCAACGGUUCCAGCUGCCCAUCUCCCUGAAUGAAGGGAAACUCCGUUUCUAUCAGAGUGGGAGCUCUGUUUUCAUUGAGGCCGAUUUCUCACUGAGGGUGUCCUAUGACUGGAAUAGCUUCUUAGCAGUGAAGAUCUCAAGCAGCUUUUCAGAAAGUGUGUGUGGCCUUUGUGGCAACUACAAUGGAGACCCUGCUGAUGACUUCAGCACCCCUGAAGGGUCAUUGGCUCCCAGCCCUGUGGAGUUUGGGAAGAGCUGGAAAGUGGAGGAUGGGGACAGGUUCUGUUGGGAUGACUGCCACGGGGAAUGCAAAAGCUGCUCACCACAGCUGAUUGAGCAGUAUAAAGCUGAGCCAUUCUGUGGCUGGAUCAGUAAAGGAGGGGAUGGCCCAUUCAGCAAGUGCCAUUCAGUAACUGACCCAAACCCCUUCCUGGAGAAUUGUGUCUAUGACCUCUGCAUGAACGAUGGCCUGAAGGAUCUGCUGUGUGAGGCACUGAAGAGCUACGCAGUUGCUUGCCAGGAAAAGGGAGUUGCUCUCUCUGACUGGAGGACCCUCACUGGUUGCUCUGAAUCUUGCCCUGAGAAUAGCCAUUAUGAAGCCUGUGGGUCUCCAUGUCCUGCUACCUGCAACGACCAAGCUGGGCCACAGAACUGUUCCUCGUGGUCCUGCGUGGAGACUUGCCAGUGUAAGGAGGGCUUUGUGUUGGAUGGUGGGAAAUGCAUUCCCAAGGCUGCCUGUGGGUGUGUGUUUGAGGGGAAGCCCAUCUCUCCUGGUGAGCAGUUCUGGGGAGACCACACGUGCACGAGUCUCUGCAUCUGUGAACCACAGAGCAAGCAAAUGAAAUGCCAGCCUGCCAGCUGCAAGGAUGGGGAACAGUGCAAGGUGGAGAAUGGCAUCCAGAACUGCUACCCAACCAGCUAUGCCACCUGCUCUGCUUCUGGCGACCCCCACUACAUUACCUUUGAUGGCCUGAGGUUUGACUUCCAGGGCACCUGCGUCUAUCAGUUCACCGGGCUAUGUGAGAAGCAGAAGGACCUGGUUGAUUUCCUGGUUCUUGUCCAAAAUGAGCAUCGAGGCAGCCAGUCCGUGUCCUUCACCCGACUUGUAGAGAUCAAGGUUUAUGGGACAUCCAUGGUGAUUAGCAGAGACAACCCUGCAAAAGUCAUGGUGAACGGCUUGCUGACCAACCUGCCGUACAGCAUCGGAAACAACAAAAUCUCCAUGUUCCGGGUAGGGCAAGAGGCAGUGAUCCAGACUGACUUCCAGCUGACAGUCACCUUUGACUGGGAAAGCCGGAUCACUGUGACUGUGCCCAACACUUAUGCUGGUGCCCUUUGUGGUCUCUGUGGCAACUUCAAUGGCAACAAGCAAGAUGAGAUGACCACGAAAGAUGGUAAAGUGGCUCCAAAUCCAUCAGCCUUUGGUCAGAGCUGGAAAGUGCAGGAGGUUCCAGGCUGCAGCGAAGGGAACCAGGGAGAAUGUCCUGCUCGGUUGGCCAUACAGAAACAGCAACGGCAACUCAGCAGGGAGUGUGGGCUCAUCCUAGCCGAGAGCGGCCCUUUCAGAGAGUGCCACAGCAAAGUGGAUCCAGAGGGAUACUUCCAAGAUUGCGUGACUGAUUACUGCUUCUUUGAAGGCCAACAAGCUGUGAUCUGCCAGCUCAUUGCCAGCUAUGCAGCAGCAUGCCAGGCAGCUGGGGCAACCCUCUAUCCUUGGAGAUCUGACACCUUUUGCCGUCCUUCAUGUGCUCCAAAUAGCCACUACGAGCUCUGUGCUAGAGGCUGUGCCCAGACCUGUGUCAGCAUUUAUGUUCCUGUCCCUUGUCCAGCUAAGUGCCAGGAAGACUGUGUGUGUGAUGAGGGCUUUUUGUUGAGCAGCAAUCGAUGUGUUCCUGAGUCCCAGUGUGGCUGUCUCCAUCAAGGCCACUACUACCUGGCAGGAGAGACUUUCUACCCAACAUGCCAAGAGCACUGUGUGUGCCAAGCUGGGGGGACUGUGAACUGUGCAGCAUUCUCCUGUGGACCGAAUGAGGAAUGUCGGUUGUCAGAUGGCAUCCAGAAAUGCCACCCUAUUGGCAAUGCCACCUGUUCUGCUGCUGGUGACCCUCACUAUCUUUCAUUCGACAGACUGGCAUUUGACUUCCAAGGCACCUGCACAUAUACUUUGACUAAGACCAACUCAAGUAACCAGAUCCUGAGAUCCUUUACUGUUAAUGUGGAAAAUGAGGCCUGGGGAAACAGGAAGGUCUCAGUUACAAAGAUGGUUUCUGUCACAGUCUACGGUAUUACACUUACGUUGCUGCAGAACAAACAGGGUCAAGUCAAGGUGAACGGUGUGAUCCACAUCCUCCCCAUAACUGUUGCUGCUGGGCAGAUCAGAGCCUAUCAGCAUGGCACUAAAGUCCUGAUACAAACUGACUUUGGUCUCAUUGUGAGCUACGACCUGGUUUACCAUGUGACAGUCACCGUCCCAAGCACUUACCAGGGCCAGACGCGUGGCCUGUGUGGGAACUACAAUGGACGGAAAGAUGAUGACUUCCUUCUCCCUGAUGGCAGGACAACCUCUGAUGUAGCUGCAUUUGGUGCUGCCUGGAAAGUUCCAGUCCCUGGGGCAGAUGGAUCUUGCUCAGAUGGAUGCUCUGGGAACAGCUGUCCAGUCUGUGAGGAAAAGAAAGCAGACAUUUUCAAACAGCGCAACUACUGUGGGAUCCUCACUGCAUCUGACGGUCCCUUCAGUGCUUGCCACAGCAAGGUGGACCCGAGUGUGUACUUCAGCAACUGCAUCUAUGACCUGUGCCUGGGCAACGGGGACAGCCAGGCCUUGUGUCAGAGUAUCCAGAGCUAUGUGUCUGCUUGCCAAGAAGCCAGGAUCCUUGUCCAGCCCUGGAGGAGUCUGUCCUUCUGUCCUCUGAGCUGCCCAGCCAACAGUCACUAUGAGAUCUGCACCACCCUCUGCUCCACCACUUGUGCCAAGAUCACAGACCCUGCACCAUGCCCAGAGACCUGCGCUGAGGGCUGCCAGUGUAAUGAUGGCUUCUUCUUUGAUGGCCUUGGCUGCGUUACUGCCCAAAACUGUGGGUGCUUAAAGAAUGGACGCUACUACAAGCCCAAUGAGAAGGUUCUGCUGAAUGGGUGCCAGGAGAGCUGCCUCUGCAUCCCAGGCAAGGGGGUAACUUGUGAGGUCCACAGUUGCGCCGCCGAUGAGAACUGCGAGAUCCGAGAUGGAGUCAUGGCUUGCAUAAAUAAGGAUCCAUGCAAAGCCCUGAAGUGCCGAGAAAAGGAAACAUGCAAGAUGGAGAAUGGCAAAGCCAAAUGUGUCCCUGACUUCACAGGAAACUGCUGGGCCUGGGGGGACCCACACUACCACACCUUUGACGAGCUGAAGUUUGAUUUCCAGGGCACCUGCUCUUACACUAUGGCCAAGUAUUGUGGGAAUGACACUGUUCUGGUGCCUUUCACUAUAGAUGAGAAGAAUGACAACAGGGGCAACCAGGCUGUGUCCUAUGUGCGUCUGGCCAACAUCUAUGUUUACGGGUACAAGAUCUCCAUCCACAAGCAGGAGAAUGGACGAAUCAGGCUAAAUGACAUCACUACCAGCCUGCCAUUGACUCUUGAGGAUGGCAAGAUCAAGCUGUACCAGAGUGGCUCCAGUGCUGUCCUGGAAACAGAUUUUGGCCUCCAAGUGACAUACGACUGGAAUUGGUACCUGGUGAUCACUCUCCCCAGCAGCUAUUAUGGGGCCACUUGUGGGCUGUGUGGAAACUUCAAUCAAAACCCCGGAGAUGACAUGACCUUUCUCAAUGGCACCAAGGCCCCCUCCAUCGUAAGCUGGGCCAGCAGCUGGAGAGUCAAGGACCGGGACCCCUUUUGCUGGGAUCAGUGCCGAGGGAAUUGCCCGACGUGUGACGAGAACAAGAGAGGACUGUACGGAAAUGAAGAGUACUGUGGGGUGGUCAGCAAAACCUCAGGGGGGCCCUUCAGAGAAUGCCACACCAAAGUGAAUCCAGAAGAGUUCUUUGAUAGCUGCAUCUAUGACGUGUGUCUCAAUGGAGGGGCCAAGAACAUCCUCUGCCAGGCCUUGGAGGCCUAUGCGAAAACCUGCAGGAAAGCUGGUGCCGUCAUAUAUGACUGGAGGACUGCAUCUGGCUGUGUCUUGCCGUGCCCUGAGAACAGCCAUUACGAGUUCUGUGGAAAUGCCUGCCCAGCCAGUUGCGCUGACCGCACGGCUCCCUCUGCCUGCAAAGAGCCAUGCGCUGAAACCUGCCAGUGCAAUGAUGGCCAUGUCCUCAGUGCCGACAAGUGCGUGCCCAUAGGCAGCUGUGGCUGCACCUACAAUGGUUUCUACUACAAACCCGGGGAGGAAUUCUGGGCCGAUGAGACCUGUGGUUCCCGCUGCAGGUGUGAUUCCACCCUGGGGAUAGUGGUGUGCAAACCAGCGGGCUGCAAAGUCAGUGAGAGGUGCACUGUGGUCAAUGGAAUCCGGGGCUGUCAUCCCAUCAGCUCUGCUACUUGCUCAGCAUCCGGGGACCCUCACUAUACCACCUUUGAUGGGAAGAAAUAUGACUUCAUGGGCACAUGCAUCUACCAGUUGGCUGGACUGUGCUCUGAUGACCCGACUCUGAGGCCUUUCACUGUCAAUGUGGAGAACAACAACCGAGGCAACAAAAGGGUGUCAUAUACCAAAGUGGUGACACUAGAGGUUUACAAUGUAACCAUCGUACUGAGCCAGGAGCAUCCACGUAAGAUCCAGGUUAACGAAGUCUUUGUGAACCUGCCUUUCUACCACGAAGACAAGAUAAAGGCUUAUAUCAGUGGGAGUGAGGGUUUGAUCAAGACUGAUUUUGACCUGACAGUAACCUUUGACUGGAAGAGCUACGUCAAACUCAUUGUACCUGGUACAUACGUCAAUGCUGUCUGUGGCCUCUGUGGCAAUUACAACUUGGACCCCAAGGAUGACUUGAUUAUGAAGGAUGGGAGACAAGCAUCCAGCAUAUCCCAAUUUGCAGAGAGCUGGAAGGUGGCAGAGGUCCCUGGUUGCUCAGAGGGUUGCACCGGCGAUUGCCCACCAUGUGGAGAGGCACAGAAGCAAACCUAUAAGGGUGACCAAUACUGUGGGAUCCUCAUCAAAAAGGAUGGGCCAUUCAGCAAAUGCCAUGAGAUCAUUGACCCAACACCCUACUUCAACGAUUGCGUCUUUGACGUCUGCCAGUAUCAUGGUCAGCAUGACACACUUUGCAAUGUCAUCACUGUUUAUGUGGCAGCCUGCCAGGCUCUCGAUGUUGAGAUUGAAGAAUGGAGAUCGGACUCUUUCUGCAGCCCUGCCUGCUCACUCAACUCUCAAUAUGAGCUCUGUGGAAAUGGCUGCCCUGCCACUUGCCUUGCCCUCUCUGCUCCGGAUUGGUGUGAGAUGUCCUGCAAAGAAGGAUGCUAUUGCAAUCCUGGGUUUGUCCUGAGUGGGGACCAGUGUGUCCCUGUUGGCAAUUGUGGCUGUGUGCACCAGGGCAAGUACUACAAGAAGGGAGAGGAUUUCUACCCUGGUUCAUUUUGUGAGGAGCGAUGCCACUGUACAGACAACGGAGUCGUCAAAUGCCAGAACAUCUCCUGUGGGGCUCAUGAGGAAUGCAGGGUGGAGGAUGGUAUCCAAGGCUGCCACCCUAGUGGGAAUGGCAAAUGCAGUUUGGCUGCAGGCUCCCACUACUUGACUUUUGAUGGACGGGCCUAUGACUUCCAUGGAACCUGCACUUACACUUUAGCUAAAGUCCAAGGUCAGGAUCCUCAGCUGGCAAACUUCUUGGUUUUGGUGGAGAAUGAAAGGUCCCUGACCAAGAUGGUUGUGGUCUCUUUUCAUGGAUACACUGCUGUCAUUGAGAAGGCAAUGAAGUGGAAGAUCAAGGUGGAUGGAGAACUCUACACUUUGCCAAUGAGGACAACCGAUGGGAAACUCUGGGCCAACCAGGAGGGCAACAAUAUCAUUGUCCAGUCUGACUUUGGUCUCAAAGUCCUUUCUGAUGCCUCCUCGUACGUCUUUGUGUCUGUCCCCAGCACCUAUCAAGGACAUGUCAACGGCCUAUGUGGCAAUUUCAAUAAUGACAGGACCGAUGACUUUACUCUACCCAGUGGGAAAAGCACCCAGAAUGUGGAUGAGUUUGGGGCCUCUUGGCAGUUUCCCAUUGAUGGUGUCAAUUGCUCCAAUGGUUGUGGGGAUCAAUGUCCCAUCUGUGAUGCCUCCAAGACAGAGCCGUACCAACCUGAGAGUUCCUGUGGAAUGAUUCAAGCUGAAUCAGGCCCAUUCAAAGACUGUCACUCCUUGGUGGACCCUGCUGAAUACUUCAACCACUGUCUGUAUGACAUGUGUGCAGCCAAUGGUGCAGGAGAAACUCUCUGUCAGAGCAUCCAGGCUUAUGUAGCUGCGUGCCAAGCUGCAGGAGUUACCAUUGGAGCCUGGAGAACAAACACCGUCUGCCCUCUCACCUGCCCUUGCAACAGCCACUACGAGUUGUGUACAAGGACCUGUGACUACACCUGCACCAGCUUAUCCACUCCAGGCCAAUGCACAAAAAAAUGCUUUGAAGGCUGCCAGUGUGAUGGUGGCUAUCUGUUUGAUGGUGAAAGAUGUGUGGCAAUGGAGAACUGUGGCUGUGUGCAUGAUGGGCGCUACAUCAAGGCUGGAGAGAAUAUAGUCUUAGAAGGUUGCUUGAAAAACUGCACCUGUCACUCAUCAGGCCAGCUGGUCUGUGAAGAAACCAUCUGCCAGGCAGGGGACAUUUGUGCCCUCCAUAACAGUGUGCGUGGUUGCAUAGGGCAGAAUGGCGAGUGCAUCAUCACCCCUGGGGCACGGUUGACUUCUUUUGAUGGUACCUCCGGGGAAAUCCUCUAUGAAGGCGUUUAUGAGGUGGCUUCCUUUUGCAAUGAAAAUGAUCCCUUUUGGUUCAGGAUUGUAGCAGCUGUCCAGGAAUGCAAUGAAUGGGAUUUGCCAGCUGUGUCAUCAAUACAUGUAUUUUUCCAAGGGAUGUUUAUCACUGUAAAAACAAACAAGGAGACAUGGGUCAAUGGGCGACUAGUGACACUCCCAACAAAGGCCUCUGAGGAUGUGUCUGUGAACCACUCUGAGGAUGGGAUUGUGAUUAGUUUGGCCUCUGAAGUAAAAGUUUUCCUCAAGCCCUGUGGGGAAGUGACAGUAGAAGUCAGUGACAGCCUGGCAGGGAAACUUUGUGCCUCCUGUGGGAACUUCAAUGGAAAUGGUGCCGAUGAUCUGAAGCUGCCUGAUGGGAAGUUGGCAGGAAACAUAGCUGAGGUCAUUGAUGCCUGGAAGGCCAAGGACUUCCCUGGCUGGUGGUACUACAGUUACAGUGGCACAGAAAGAUCCUCCAUGGCACAGAGUGCCAUGGCAAAGAGACUGCUGCUGCUUUGGACCUGGCUGGCACUCCUAUGCGGGUAUUGUGGAGCAAGUUCCCGUGGGAAGGAAUUUGUCACAGCCUUCCUGCAGAACUACUUGGCAAACCAUCCCAAUCCCAAGUUUGAGCUGUUUAUCACCGGAUAUCAUCCCGCAACCACCGUGACAAUCACAGUGAAGAAGCCUACAUUCCAGAAAACUGUUUCGGUCAAAGAGAAAGAGACAGUGUCAGUUGUGCUCCCAACCUCUCUGGAGAUGAUGGGGUCCAACAUCUUUGAUGGGGCUGUGCGGAUCCAAGCUGAUAAAGACGUCUCAGUCUUUUCCCUCAAUUACAAGCUUGCUACAAGUGGUGCCACGGCUGUGUACCCGGUUCAGCAGCUGGGUACACUGUAUUAUGUGGUAACCCCAAUGGGGGAUGGAUCAAGUCUUUUCAAGGAAUUUGCAGUUGUAGCCUAUCAAUUUCCCACUCGAGUCACUGUUCACUUGAAUGGGGCUGUGACAUUCAAAGGGCAGUCUUAUGCUGCAGGCAGCAGGUUUGUUGCUGACCUCAAAGCUUUCCAAGCAAUCCAGCUGCAAAGUCCCGAUGAUUUAUCUGGCACUAAGAUUGAAUCAGUUGCACCCGUGGCUGUUUUGAGUGGGCACAGCUGUGCUUGGAAAUUCUCAACUUGUGACCAUGUUGUUGAACAGCUCUUGCCUGUUUCUAGCUGGGGCACCACCUUCAUAGUUCCCCCACUGCCCUUCCAAACUAAAUAUGACAUUGUGUAUGUAGUUCCAUCUCAAAAUACUUUGAUCACAUACCAAUCUGGGCCCACUCAAAUCUCCCGUCGUGCAGUGGCUGGGCAAGUCAUCCAGUUUGAAAUGAAGCCCUCUCAGCCACUUUACUUCACUGCCUAUGCAGGGAUCCAGGUCCUUUUGUUCUUCACUGGUAGCAGCAACCAGUACGAUCCAUUCCUCAUCAAUGUUCCAGCCUUAGCAAGCUACUGCACAUCAUAUCACAUUGAUGGGAUAGGGGAGUUUGAUAAUUUUGCCGUCAUCAUAGCUAAAUCCUUAGAUUCCAGUGGGGUCAUGUUAAAGAAGAGACCCCUUGCAAACACCCAGUGGAGACCAAUUCCUGGGACAGAAUAUUCUUUUGCUGAAGUCAGCUUGGGCAAAGAACCCAGUGCCCUCUCUGUAGAACAUCCCAGCACUCCUUUUGGGCUCUUCAUCCUUGGAGGUUCACACCGGGAAGGCUAUGGCUCUGUGGCCCUUUGCUCUUGCCAAACACCAGUGCCUCUAUGCGGCUUGUUCCAGUGCAGGAAGAAGGAAAAAUGUGAGAUCAUAGAAGGCCUCCCAGUGUGUGUGGCAGAGUCUGAAGGCACCUGCUGGGCACAGGGAGAUCCUCAUUAUCUCACCUUCGACGGGAGGAAAUUUGACUUCAUGGGCACCUGUACCUACACAAUCGCCAUGACUUGCAUCCAGGAUGAGACUCUUCCUUUCUUCAGUGUUGAGGCCAAGAAUGAGAACAGGGGAAACACUCAUGUUUCUUAUGUCGGCUCUGUGACAGUCACAGUCUAUAACAUUAUCAUCUAUGUGGUCAGAAAUGAGAACGGAUUUGUGAGGGUGAACAAUCAACGGUUCCGGCUGCCCAUCUCCUUGAAUGAAGGGAAACUCCGUCUCUACCAGAGUGGGAGCUCUGUCUUCAUUGAGACCGAUUUCAGGUUGAGAGUCUCCUACGAUUGGGACAACUUUCUGGAGCUGAAGAUCUCCAGCAGCUUUUCAGAAAGUGUGUGUGGCCUUUGUGGCAACUACAAUGGAGACCCUGCUGAUGAUUUCAGCACCCCAGAAGGGUCAUUGGCUCCCAGCCCUGUGGAGUUUGGGAAGAGCUGGAAGGUGGAAGAUGGGGACAGGUUCUGCUGGGAUGACUGCCAUGGGGAAUGCAAAAGCUGCUCACCACAGCUGAUUGAGCAGUAUAAAGCUGAGCCAUUCUGCGGCUGGAUCAGCAAAAAAGGAGAUGGCCCUUUCAGCAAGUGCCAUUCAGUAAUUGACCAAAAUCCCUUUCUGGAAAGCUGUGUCUAUGACCUCUGCAUGAAUGAUGGCCUGAAGGAUCUGCUAUGUGAGGCACUGAAGAACUACGCAGUCACUUGCCAGGGAAAGGGAGUUGCUCUCUCUGACUGGAGGACCCCCACCGGCUGCUCUAAAUCCUGCCCUGAGAACAGCCAUUACGAGGCCUGUGGGUCUCCAUGUCCCACUACCUGCAACGACCAAGCUAGGCUCCAGAACUGUUCCUCGUGGUCCUGCGUGGAGACUUGCCAGUGUAAGGAGGGCUUUGUGUUGGAUGGUGGGAAAUGCAUUCCCAAGGCUGCCUGCGGGUGUGUGUUUGAAGGGAAGCCCUUCUCUCCUGGUGAGCAGUUUUGGGGAGACCGCACAUGCACGAGUCUCUGUAUCUGUGAUCUGCAGAGCAAGCAAAUGAAAUGCCAGCCUGCCAGCUGCAAGGAUGGGGAACAGUGCAAAGUGGAGAACGGCAUCCAGAACUGCUACCCAACCCAGAACCUGACUGACUACGCCACCUGCUCUGCUUUUGGUGACCCCCACUACAUUACCUUUGAUGGCCUGAAGUUUGAUUUCCAGGGCACCUGCGUCUAUCAGUUCACCGGGCUGUGUGAGAAGCGGAAGGACCUGGUUGAUUUCCUGGUUCUUGUCCAAAAUGACCAUCGAGGCAGCCCGGCCGUGUCCUUCACCCGGCUUGUAGAGAUCAAGGUUUAUGGGAUAUCUAUUGUGAUCAGCAGAGACAACCCUGCAAAAGUCAUGGUGAACGGCUUGCUGACCAACCUGCCAUACAGCAUCGGAAACAACAAAAUCUCCAUGUUCCGGGUAGGGCAAGAGGCAGUGAUCCAGACUGGCUUCCAGCUGACAGUCACCUUUGACUGGGAAAGCCGGAUCACUGUGACUGUGCCCAACACUUAUGCUGGUGCCCUUUGUGGUCUCUCUGGCAACUUCAAUGGCAACAAGCAAGAUGAGAUGACCAUGAAAGAUGGUAAAGUGGCUCCAAAUCCAUCAGCCUUCGGUCAGAGCUGGAAAGUGCAGGAGGUUCCAGGCUGCAGCGAAGGAAACCAGGGAGAGUGUCCUGCUCGGUUGGCCAUACAGAAACAGCAACGGCAACUCAGCAGGGAGUGCGGGCUCAUCCUAGCCAAGAGUGGCCCUUUCAGAGAGUGCCACAGCAAAGUGGAUCCAGAGGGAUACUUCCAAGAUUGCGUGACUGAUUACUGCUUCUUUGAAGGCCAACAAGUUGUGAUCUGCCAGCUCAUUGCCAGCUAUGCAGCAGCAUGCCAGGCAGCUGGGGCAACCCUCUAUCCUUGGAGAUCUGACACCUUUUGCCGUCUUUCUUGCACUCCAAAUAGCCACUACGAGCUCUGUGCUAGAGGCUGUGCCCAGACCUGUGUUCCAGGCCCUUGUCCAGCAAAGUGCCAGGAAGGCUGUGUGUGCAACGAGGGAUUUUUGCUGAGUGGUGAUCAAUGUGUUGCCAAGUCCCAGUGUGGCUGUCUUCAUCAAGGCCACUACUACCUUGCAGGAAAGACUUUCUACCCAACAUGCCAAGAGCGUUGCAUGUGCCAAGCUGGGGGGACUGUGAAAUGUGCAAGAUUCUCCUGUGGCCGCAAUGAGGAAUGUCGGUUGUCAGAUGGCAUCCAGAAAUGUUACCCUGUUGGCAGUGCCACCUGUUCUGCUGCUGGUGACCCUCACUAUCUUUCCUUUGACGGACUGGCCUUUGACUUCCAAGGCACCUGCACUUAUACCUUGGCUAAGGCCCGCACCAAGAGACCCUUUACUGUUAAUGUGGAAAAUGAGCCCUGGGGAAAUGGGGCUGUCUCUGUUACCAAGAUGGUCUCUGUCGCAGUCUAUGGCAUUACACUCACAUUAGUGCAGAGUAAGCAGGGUCAAGUGCAGAUGAAUGGCCUGAUCUACACCCUCCCAGUAACUAUUUCUGAUGGGCGGAUCAGAGCCUAUCAGCAUGGCACUAAAGUCCUGAUACAAACUGACUUUGGUCUCAUUGUGAGCUACGACCUGGUUUACCAUGUGACGGUCACCAUCCCAAGCACUUACCAGGGCCAGACGCGUGGCCUGUGUGGGAACUACAAUGGACGGAAGGAUGAUGACUUCCUGCUCCCUGAUGGCAGGACAACCUCUGAUGCAGCUGCAUUUGGCGCUGCCUGGAAGGUCCGUAACCCUCGGGCAGUUGGAUCUUGCUCAGAUGGAUGCUCUGGGAACAGCUGUCCAGUCUGUGAGGAAAAGAAAAAGGAUGUUUUCAAGCAGCGCAACUACUGUGGGAUCCUCACUGCGUCUGACGGCCCCUUCAGUGCUUGCCACAGCACAGUGGACCCCAAUGUGUACUUCAGCAACUGCAUGUAUGACUUGUGCUUGGGCAAUGGGGACAGCCGGGCCUUGUGUCAGAAUAUCCAGAGCUACGCGUCUGUCUGUCAAGAGGCCGGGGUCUCUGUCAAGCCCUGGAGGAGUCCAUCCUUCUGUCCUCUGAGCUGUCCAGCCAACAGUCACUAUGAGAUCUGCACCACCCUCUGCUCCACCACUUGUGCCAAGAUCACAGACCCUGCACCAUGCCCAGAGACCUGUGCUGAGGGUUGCCAGUGUAAUGAUGGCUUCUUCUUUGAUGGCCUUGGCUGCGUUACUGCCCAAAACUGUGGGUGCUUAAAGAAUGGACGCUACUACAAGCCCAAUGAGAAGGUUCUGCUCACAGCAUGCCAGGAGAGCUGCCUCUGCACCCCAGGCAAGGGGGUAAUUUGUGAGGCCCACAGUUGCGCCGCCGAUGAGAACUGCGAGAUCCGAGAUGGAGUCAUGGCUUGCAUAAAUAAGGAUCCAUGUAAAGCUUUGAAGUGCCGAGAAAAGGAAACGUGCAAGCUGGAGAAUGGCAAAGCCAAAUGUGUCCCGGACUUCAUAGGAAACUGCUGGGCCUGGGGGGACCCACACUACCACACCUUUGACGAGCUGAAGUUUGAUUUCCAGGGCACCUGCUCUUACGCUAUGGCCACGUAUUGUGGGAAUGAUGAUACUCUGGUGCCUUUCACUAUAGAUGAGAAGAAUGACAACAGGGGCAACCAGGCUGUGUCCUAUGUGCGUCUGGCCAACAUCUAUGUCUACGGGUACAAGAUCUCCAUCCACAAGCAGGAGAAUGGAAGAAUCAGGCUAAAUGACAUCACUAUCAGCCUGCCAUUGACUCUUGAGGAUGGCAAAAUCAAGCUGUACCAGAGUGGCUCCAGUGCUGUCCUGCAGACAGAUUUCGGCCUCCAAGUGACGUACGACUGGAACUGGCACCUGGUGAUCACUCUCCCCAGCAGUUAUUAUGGGGCCACUUGUGGGCUGUGUGGAAACUUCAAUCAAAACCCCGGAGAUGACAUGACCUUUCUCAAUGGCACCAAGGCCCCCUCCAUCGUAAGCUGGGCCAGCAGCUGGAGAGUCAAGGACCGGGACCCCUUUUGCUGGGAUCAAUGCCGAGGGAAUUGCCCGACGUGCGACGAGAACAAGAGAGGACUGUACGGAAAUGAAGAGUACUGUGGGGUGGUCAGCAAAACCUCAGGGGGGCCCUUCAGAAAAUGCCACGCCAAAGUGAAUCCAGAAGAGUUCUUUGAUAGCUGCAUCUAUGACGUGUGUCUCAAUGGAGGGGCCAAGAACAUCCUCUGCCAGGCCUUGGAGGCCUAUGCGAAAACCUGCAGGAAAGCUGGUGCCGUCAUAUAUGACUGGAGGACUGCAUCUGGCUGUGCCUUGCCGUGCCCUGAGAACAGCCAUUACGAGUUCUGUGGAAAUGCCUGCCCAGCCAGUUGCGCUGACCGCACGGCUCCCUCUGCCUGCAAAGAGCCAUGCGUUGAAACCUGCCAGUGCAACGAUGGCCAUGUCCUCAGUGCUGACAAGUGUGUGCCCAUAGGCAGCUGUGGCUGCACCUACAAUGGUUUCUACUACAAACCCGGGGAGGAAUUCUGGGCCGAUGAGACCUGUGGUUCCCGCUGCAUGUGUGAUUCCACCCUGGGGAUAGUGGUGUGCAAACCAGCGGGCUGCAAAGUCAGUGAGAGGUGCACUGUGGUCAAUGGAAUCCAGGGCUGUCAUCCCAUUGGCUCUGCUACUUGCUCAGCAUCCGGGGACCCUCACUAUAUCACCUUUGAUGGGAAGAAAUAUGACUUCAUGGGCACAUGUGUCUACCAGUUGGCUGGUGUGUGCUCUGAUGACCCGACUCUGAGGCCUUUCACUGUCAAUGUGGAGAACAACAACCGAGGCAACAAAGAGGUGUCCUACACCAAAGUGGUGACACUGGAGGUCUACGAUGUUACCAUUGUGCUAAGCCAGGAGCAUCCGCGUAAGAUCCAGGUUAAUGAAGUCUUUGUGAACCUGCCUUUCUACCAUGAAGACAAGAUAAAGGCUUUUAUCAGCGGAAAUGAGGGUUUGAUGAAGACUGACUUUGGCCUGACAGUAACCUUUGACUGGAACAGCUACGUCAAAGUAACUGUACCCAGUACAUACGCCAAUGCAGUCUGUGGCCUCUGUGGCAACAACAACUUGGACCCCAAGGAUGACUUGAUAAUGAAGGACGGGAGACAAGCAUCCAGCAUAUCCCAAUUUGCAGAGAGCUGGAAGGUGGCAGAGGUCCCUGGUUGCUCAAAGGGUUGCACCACCGAUUGUCCACCAUGUGACGAGGCACAGAAGCAAACCUAUAAGGGUGACCAAUACUGUGGAAUCCUCAUUAAAAAGGAUGGGCCGUUCAGGCCAUGCCAUGAGAGCAUUGACCCAACACCCUACUUCAACGAUUGCAUCUUUGACGUCUGCCAGUACCGUGGUCUGCAUGUCACUCUCUGCAAUGCCAUCAGCAUUUACGUGGCAGCCUGCCAGGCUCUGGAGGCUGAGAUUGAACAAUGGAGAUUGGGCUCUUUCUGCAGCCCUGCCUGCUCACUCAACUCUCAAUAUGAGCUCUGUGGAAAUGGCUGCCCUGCCACUUGCCGUGGCCUCUCCGCUCCGGAUUGGUGUGAGAUGUCCUGCAAAGAAGGAUGCUAUUGCAAUCCUGGGUUUGUUCUGAGUGGGGACCAGUGUGUCCCUGUUGGCAAUUGUGGCUGUGUGCACCAGGGCAAGUACUACAAGAAGGGAGAGGAUUUCUACCCUGGUUCAGCUUGUGAGGACCGAUGCUCCUGUACAGACAACGGAGUCGUCAAAUGCCAGAAAAUCUCUUGUGGGCCCAACGAGGAAUGCAAGCUGAAGGAUGGCAUCCAAGGCUGCCACCCUGUCGGGAGUGGCAAAUGCAGUUUGGCUGCAGGCUCCCACUACUUGACUUUUGAUGGACGGGCCUAUAACUUCCAUGGAACCUGCAGUUACACUUUAGCUAAAGGCCAAGGUCAGGAUCCUCAGCUGGCAAACUUCUUGGUUUUGGUGGAGAACGAAAGGUCCCUGACCAAGAUGGUUGUGGUCUCUUUUCAUGGAUACACUGCUGUCAUUGAGAGGGCCAUGAAGUGGAAGAUCAAGUUGGAUGGAGAGCUCUACACUCUGCCAAUGAGGACAACUGAUGGGAAACUCUCGGCCAACCAGGAGGGCAACAGUAUAAUUGUCCAGUCUGACUUUGGUCUCCAAGUCCUUUUUGAUGCCUCCUCGUACGUCUUUGUGUCUGUCCCCAGCACCUAUCAAGGACAUGUCAACGGCCUAUGUGGCAAUUUCAAUAAUGACAGGACUGAUGACUUUACUCUACCCAGUGGGAAAAGCACCCAGAAUGUGGAUGAAUUUGGGGCCUCUUGGAAAGUUCCCACUGAUGGUGCCAGUUGCUCCAAUGGUUGUGGGGAUCAAUGUCCCAUUUGUGAUGCCGCCAAGACAGCGCCGUACCGACCUGAGAGUUCCUGUGGAAUGAUCCAAGCCAAAUCAGGCCCAUUCAAAGACUGUCAUUCUUUGGUGGGCCCUGCUGAAUACUUCAACCACUGUCUGUAUGACAUGUGUGCAGCCAAUGGUGCAGGAGAAACCCUCUGUCAGAGCAUCCAGACUUAUGUAGCUGCGUGCCAAGCUGCAGGAGUUACCAUUGGAGCUUGGAGAACAAACACGUUCUGUCCUCUCGCCUGCCCCUCCAACAGCCACUACGAGUUGUGUACAAGGACCUGUGACUACACCUGCACCAGCUUAUCCACUCCAGGCCAAUGCACAAAAAAAUGCUUUGAAGGCUGCCAGUGUGACAGCGACUAUCUGUUUGAUGGUGGGAGAUGUGUGGCAAUGGAGAACUGUGGCUGCAUGCAUGACGGGCGCUACAUCACAGCUAGAGAGAAUAUUGUCUUAGGAGGCUGCUUGAAACAGUGCACCUGUCGUCCAUCAGGCCAGCUGGUCUGUGCGGAAACCAGCUGCCAGGAAGGGGAGGUUUGCACCCUCCAGAAUGGUGUGCGUGGUUGCAUGAGGCAGAACGGCGAGUGCAUCCUCACCCCUGGAGCACGCUUGACCUCCUUUGAUGGUGCCUCCGGGAAAAUUCCAAACAAAGGGGCUUACGAAGUCACUUCCUUGUGCAAUGAAAAUGACCCCUUUUGGUUCAGGAUUGUAGCAGUUGUCCAGGAACACAAGGACUGGGAUCUGCCAGCUGUGGCAAUGGUACAUGCAUAUUUCCAAGGGAUGUUUGCCAUCACUGUAAACACAAACAAGGAGACACGGGUUAAUGGGCGCCGAAUCACACUCCCAGCAAAGAUCUCUGAACAUGUGUCUAUGAGCGUCUCUGAGGAUGGGGUUGUGAUUAAUUUCACCUCUGAAUUAAAAGUUAUCCUCGGACCCCGUGGGGAAAUGAAGGUGGAUGUCAGCAAAAGCCUGGCAGGAAAACUCUGUGCCUCCUGUGGAAACUUCAAUGGAAAUGCUGCUGAUGACCUGAAGCUACGCGAUGGGAAGGUAGCAGGGAGCAUGACUGAGGUCAUUGAUGCCUGGAAAGCCACGGACUUUCCUGGCAGUGAGAAGUAAAAGCCUUUUGACCAAAGUGGACCCCUACUUCUGCUGCUUCACCAUUGGAGGCAACUCUUCGCAUCUGAGCUCUGGAGCAAACGUCUGUGUCAAGUAUCCCCUGGCUUUACAUUUUUAUGUUAUUUGAUCUGCUAUCAAGGUUGCUCUGACUGCCAAAUAAAAUGAUGACACUUU